AUGGCGGACGUGUGGAUCUCGCGCAAGAAGUGGACGUGCAAGUACUGCGAUGUGACCAUCAACGAUGACCUGCCUUCGCGGCGACACCACGAGACCGGCGUCAGGCACAAGCAAAACGUCCAGAAGGCGCUUCAGGAUCUCUACCGCAAGAGCGACCAGGGUCGCAAGGAUGCCGAGCAAACCAAGAAGCAGAUCGAGCAAAUCGAGGCGCUUGCAGCAGCGAGCUAUGCAAAAGACCAGGCAGCAGCUGGAACGUCGGCGUCGGCCACAGCUCCGUCCGCAACCCCCAUAACAUCUCCGUCGGCGGCUGUUUCUUCUUCCAAAGCAUCGACUGGUACCGUCUCCAAGCCGACCAUCCGUCGCCCACCGUCCUCGAGUGCUCAGCCAGAAGUGCGGGAUGUGCAGCCUGUCGCCGAGGCAGGUCAAUGGGAACAGGUGGAGCAAGCCCAGCCGGCCGCAUCGUCCGCGUCCACAUUCGGACCACAGUCGACAGAAGCAACGGAGCGUGACCAGGCGAGGUCGUUCCGAGUGAGAGAAAAGGUGGGGCGAUUGGACGACAGCGAUGACGAUGACGAUCUCGGUGCCCGAACGAUCAAGGUCAAGAAGAGACCACGAACCGAGGCAGCAGCAGAACCUCGUCCUGCGCCGGGCUUGACUCGUCCCGAGGCCGAACACACUCACACACCAGCUGCCGAAUCUUCUGUAUCGGUCAAGAAGGAGGAGUCGGGGGACAAUGUGCCGGCCGAUUCCAGGCAAUCAGAUGCGGACGGCGCUGAUACGAACACGGCCAGCGCAUCCAAUGGCGGCGGCGGCUUGUUCAAGAAGCGUCGCCCGGGUGCUGGAGCCGGCACCAAGAGGCAGCGCCUCGUCAGAGCUGCCGCAGCGGUGCGCUGCAGCCCGGCCGCCCCGUCCACGUCGACACGAACCGGCAACCGAAGCUUCCAGCUCACCUGGCGGACGCGCACACACAAAGCCACCUUGCUCGCCCUCGCCAUCCUUUCUCCCUUUCCACACCAUCAACCUUGCCAUCGAUACCCCGCCUUGGCAUUGUCGCCAUCGUCGCCGUCGCCACCCGUCGCUGUGACCCACUCGCUGUCGGAAGUACAAGUCAUCAUGGUUCUCGCCAGCCGCACAACCGCGGUGGCACAGCGCCGAAAGGCUGCUCGUGCCACUGGCCUCACCCGACCCGCCUUCAUGACCAUCGUCAUGGCCAUCUUCGCACUCCUCACCUUCUCCGCCUUCAUGGCUCCCGGCUCCUCCGCCGGCGGCAUGGGUGUCGCCGCUGCCACUGACAAGCGCAGCGAGUACGGAACUGUCAUUGGUAUCGAUCUCGGAACCACCUACUCGUGUGUCGGUGCGCAGGUCAACGGCCGUGUCGAAAUCAUCACCAACGACCAGGGUAACCGAAUCACCCCGUCGUACGUCGCAUUCACUCCCGAGCGUCUCGUCGGUGACGCCGCCAAAAACCAGGCCGCACAGAACCCCGAGAACACCAUCUUCGACGCCAAGCGUCUCAUCGGCCGCAAGUGGGGCGAGUCCGACCUCAAGAAGGACGCCAAGCACCUCCCCUUCAAGCUCGUCGAGAAGAACGGCAAGGCCGCCAUCCAGGUCAACGUCAACGGCGACAAGAAGACCUUCACCCCCGAGGAGGUCUCCGCCAUGGUCCUUCAGAAGAUGAAGGAGACCGCAGAGGCUUACCUCGGCCACAAGGUCACCCACGCCGUCGUCACCGUUCCCGCCUACUUCAACGACGCCCAGCGACAGGCCACCAAGGACGCCGGUACCAUCGCCGGUCUCAACGUCCUCCGCAUCGUCAACGAGCCCACCGCCGCUGCCAUCGCCUACGGCCUCGACAAGAAGGACGGCGAGUCGCAGAUCAUCGUCUACGAUCUCGGUGGAGGUACCUUCGAUGUCUCGCUUCUCUCGAUCGACUCGGGCGUCUUCGAGGUGCUCGCCACCGCCGGUGACACCCACCUCGGUGGUGAGGACUUUGACAACCGUGUCUCCGACUACAUCCUCAAGCAGUUCAAGAAGAAGUCUGGCCUCGACGCCUCGUUCAAGAAGAAGUCUGGCCUCGACGCCUCGGUCAACAAGCGCUCCGUCGGUAAGCUGAAGCGCGAGGUCGAGCGUGCCAAGCGCACCCUCUCCAGCCAGAUGUCCACCAAGAUCGAGAUCGACGGCUUCUUCGAGGGCAACGACCUCGACGAGACCCUCACCCGCGCCAAGUUCGAGGAGCUCAACAUGGACCUCUUCCGCAAGACCAUGAAGCCCGUCGAGCAGGUGCUCAAGGACGCCGGUGUCAAGAAGGACGAGAUCGACGACGUCGUCCUUGUCGGUGGUUCCACCCGUAUCCCCAAGGUCCAGGCCAUGCUCAAGGAGUACUUCGGUCGCGAGCCCUCCAAGGGUAUCAACCCCGACGAGGCCGUCGCCUGGGGUGCCGCCGUCCAGGGUGGUGUCCUUGCCGGUGACGAGUCGCUCGGCGAUGUCGUCCUCAUCGACGUCAACCCCCUCACCCUCGGUAUCGAGACCAACGGCGGUGUCAUGACCAAGCUCAUCCCCCGUAACACCGUCGUGCCCACCAAGAAGUCGCAGAUCUUCUCGACUGCCGCCGACAACCAGAACACGGUGCUCAUCCAGGUCUUCGAGGGCGAGCGUUCCAUGACCAAGGACAACAACAAGCUCGGCAAGUUCGAGCUCACCGGUAUCCCCCCUGCGCCGCGAGGCACUCCUCAGAUCGAGGUCACCUUCGAGCUCGACGCCAACGGAAUCAUGAAGGUGUCCGCCACCGACAAGGGUACCGGCAAGGCCGAGUCCGUCACCAUCACCAACGACAAGGGCCGUCUCUCCCCCGAGGACAUCGAGCGCAUGGUCGCCGAGGCCGAGGAGUUUGCCGAGCAGGACGAGGCGGUGCGCAAGCGCAUCGAGGCCCUCAACAACCUCCAGAACUUCAUCGCCUCGCUCCGCAGCCAGAUCGCCGACAAGGAGGGUCUCGGUGGCAAGCUCGACAAGGAGGACAAGGACACCAUCAAGCAGAGCCUCAAGGACGCCGAGGCAUGGCUCGACGAGAACAGCCAGACCGCCGAGGGUUCCGAUAUUGAGGAGCAGCUCAGCGAGCUCCAGGCUGCCGUCGCCCCCAUCACCGCCAAGAUCUACCAGGGCGGCGCUGCCGGUGGCGACGACGAGCCUCUCAACUACGGCCACGACGAGCUCUAG